CACUCCAUUUUACCUUCCAUAAGUCAGCUUGUCAUUGUUUACACAUGUGAUAACCAUUAUUCUUUUCAUUACCAUUCAUUACAUUUGAUUGUUAACAAAUAAAUCAGAAUGACUGAUCAACCAUCAGGCUCUGCUGCUCCAGGUGGGGAACCUAAAUAUGAUAACAUUGCUCGUGUCAAAACCUUAGUGUGGUCUUUGAAACAAUCCGUCCAAGGUUUGAUCAAAAUUUCUGCUGCGUACAUUAGUCACAAUGCUGCUGUUGAUAGUGGACUAAAAGCUCCUGAUGAUAAAGUCUUACCUGCUUUUGAUAAAGCUUUUGAAGAUUUCCAUUCCCUUCUGAAUCAGAUUGAAUUACACUUUAAAACAAUACAAGAAUGUGCCAUUCAGCAAAGACAAAGUCAAAAAUACUUACCUGGUCCAGACAAAUAUAAAGCCGGUCCACCUAAAACUGAACCAUAUAUGGAUUCAGGAUCAGACCAUGAAUUACCCUAUAACCAAUAUAUUCAUCUGAUAAGAGGACAAUUAUCUUUUGUUGAAAGCUUGCAAAAAAUAUUACUCGAUGGGUCCCGAAAAAUUGAAUUACAUCAAACUAUUUGAUCAUCAAGCCGGACUAUCCUUCUGCUUCUAAUCUUCAUACAAAUCAAAUGAUCUGAAGCAUAAUAUUUAAUAUUUAUUGAACAAUGUUGAAAGUUCAUUAAAAACGUGACAACUCAAAAGAAUCCAAUUUAUCACGACUUAAACGGUCGAGAUCUACAAAAAAAAAUUUUUUUCGUUCGUGUAUUUGAGAAAAUCUUACCCAGGAUAAAUUCAAUGGUGAAUAUACUAAUAGACAAUUUUAUAAAGAUGCAAUAAUAUCUGCGAACAGAUUGAAAACCAACAAUAGAAAGAGGUGAAUAUAAAUGGAGAUUUUUGGUUUGCUCUUUGUUUCUUUCGUUAAACGCAGUAUAUACUUCAUACAAAGAUACACCUAAAUCCUUGCUGACUUCGAUUACACCCUUUGAUUGUAUUUUAUCGAUAAAAUCAGACUGCUGAAAUCGGCCAGUUCUAAAAAGAGAAAAAGACAAGAAAAAAUCAACGUUUUGGAUGCAAAGUCGAUAAUAAAGUUAUUCAUUGGUUACAAUGCUGUA